AGACUCCACAGUUUUUCAUCAGUGAGGACUGGAAUGUGAACAAAGUAACACAACCAGACAAGAGCCAACCAGACAAUAGGUGAACAAAACUAUGAUUCCUCCCCUAAUUCCGAAACUGCACAACGUCGGGAUUUCUCACUAGCGCCCAGAACACUGACUCUGUUGGCCUGGCCUGUUGAGGGGACGCUUUUUGGGACCAAUGCAGACCCCCCCUCAGUUCCUCACUGUCAGUGCCUGUGCGUGGGUCAGCAGUUUUUGCCAUUUUGGGGGUAUUGGAACCAGUGAAAAUUUGGACGUGCUGGAAAAGAUGUCAGUCAGCGUCCAUGAAAACCGCAAGUCCAGGACGAGCACAGGCUCCAUGAACAUUUCGCUCUUCCACAAGCCGUCACAUCCAGACAGUGUGCUCACCCACCUCAAUACCCUGCGCAAACAGUGCAUGUUCACAGAUGUGACACUAUGGGCAGGCGACCGCUCCUUUCCCUGUCACAGAGCUGUGCUUGCCGCUUGCAGUCGCUACUUUGAAGCCAUGUUUAGCGGUGGCCUCCGUGAGAGCCUUGACAAUGAGGUUAACUUUCGAGACAGUGUUCACCCAGAAGUUCUGGAGCUGCUGUUGGACUUUGCUUACUCCUCACGUGUCAUCAUCAACGAGGAGAAUGCAGAGUCACUUCUCGAGGCUGGAGAUAUGCUGCAGUUUCAUGACAUCCGUGAUGCAGCAGCAGAAUUUUUAGAGAAGAAUUUGCAUGUGUCAAACUGCUUAGGGAUGAUGCUGCUUUCUGACGCCCAUCAGUGCAAGCGCCUUUAUGAACUGUCGUGGAGGAUGUGCCUCAUCCACUUUGAGACUCUUCGAGACACUGAAGACUUCUGCGGGCUCUCGAAAGACAAGCUUUUGGAUCUCAUCCUUAGCGAUGAGCUGGAGGUUGAAGAUGAACAGGUUGUGUUCAAUGCAGUCAUGCGCUGGGUUAGGUAUGACCUAGACAGCCGCAGAGACUACCUUCCUGAGCUGCUGCGAGGACUACGCCUUGCACUGCUACCCUCAGAAUGCCUCAUUGAAGCUGUGGCAUGUGAGGAACUUGUGAUGUCAGAUAAAAGGAGCCGACAGAUUGUUGAUGAGGCCAUGCAGUGCAAGAAAAAGAUUCUGCAGAAUGACGGCGUUGUCACCAGCCCAUGCGCUAGGCCUCGCAAAGCUGGGCACACGCUGCUCAUUCUUGGGGGUCAGACAUUUAUGUGUGAUAAGAUCUACCAAGUGGAUCACAAAGCAAAAGAGAUCAUCCCUAAAUCAGAUCUUCCCAGUCCCAGGAAGGAGUUCAGUGCAUGUGCCAUUGGCUGCAAAGUUUACGUGACAGGAGGAAGGGGGUCGGAAAAUGGAGUGUCAAAGGAUGUUUGGAUAUAUGACACGGUACAUGAAGAAUGGUCGAAAGGUGCCCCUAUGCUAAUUGCACGUUUUGGACAUGGCUCAGCUGAACUUGAAAACUGCCUGUAUGUUGUUGGGGGUCACACUGCUAUAGCAGGUGUCUUCCCAGCCUCCCCAUCAGUAUCUCUUAAACAGGUUGAGCGGUAUGACCCCCUAACCAACAAAUGGACAAUGAUGGCACCACUUAGGGAUGGUGUCAGCAAUGCAGCAGUGGUCAGUGCCAAGCUAAAACUCUUUGUGUUUGGUGGAACCACCAUACACAGAGACAAGGCUUCGAAGGUCCAAUGCUAUGACCCUGUUGAGAACCGUUGGACUAUAGCUGCCGAAUGCCCGCAACCCUGGAGAUACACCGCCGCCGCUGUCCUUGGCAGUCAGAUAUUCAUAAUGGGUGGUGAUACAGAGUUCACCGCAGCGUCCGCUUACCGAUUUGAUUGUGAGACCAAUCAAUGGACGCGUGUUGGUGACAUGACUUCUAAAAGAAUGAGCUGCCAUGCUGUGGCCUCUGGUAAUAAACUCUACGUGGUUGGCGGAUACUUCGGUACACAGCGGUGUAAAACCCUGGAUUGCUAUGAUCCAACAUCAGAUAGCUGGAACAGUAUCACUACCGUGCCUUAUUCACUGAUUCCAACUGCAUUUGUUAGUACCUGGAAGCAUCUUCCUGCCUAGAUGCCUCUGAUUGAAGUGUAUGGAUCUGAUCUGGAACAAUGACUGAAAAUAGAGUGAAGAACUGCAACAAAACCCAGCAGCGAGGCACAGCAGAGGCUUCCUGAUUUAAGGUAGCAGGUGAAAUACGAUUACAGCUGAUGAGAGCCAAGGGGCGGCAGGAAAUCGAAUGAUGAAGCGCAAACACCGCAGUCUCUCUCAUCAGGACGGCUGGUCGGGGGAGGGAGACAGACGAAUGAGAUGCAUCCUCCCUCACUGCAGCACCGCAGACAGUGAUGGAGCGCCACAAUAUCACAACUAGAGAUGGAGCGAUAGACGGGCACGCAGGGCAGCAUGAGAAAGAUAAACGGAACCGAGAGCGAAGGACCGCGUAGAUUUACGAGCUGGCACGAGAUGGUGGUUUUACAAGGCCUGUCCAGCUAGUUAAACGACUCAUCAUAAAACAAAGCCAUCGGACAGCCAUCCAUCUGAAAAACAGACAGUCUAAACCAAACACAGUAGCUUGGGUUGGUUCUUCGAAGACAAUUAACUAAGUAAAUAAAAAGGUGUUCAUUAUUAAUAUAUAUUGUUUCACA